GAUGCAGGUAUAGUCUGGCUGGAGGUGGAGAGGGAGGCGCAGUAACUGCUGUCCGGUGGGACGCACAGACCUGGAGAGAGUGUGUAGCGGUGCUGGUGGUUUUCUGUCGCUCCACCUUUAACAAGCCUCAUCUCAUUCCCAACGGGGACGCAGGUGUGUAGCCUCUUUCCUUCUCCCACCUCCGACCUACUAUCACCUAUCUCAGUUUUCCACGCGCCGGAGCAGGAAGAAUAACAUCACGUUCAAUGAAUCGAGGCGCGCCUCCUUUGUGCGCCGCGUGUUGCACCCGCCGUGGGUCUGGAGUCCGCACGGAUGGCUUAAACCACACCACAUUCGCUCCAUAAACACAAGACCCAUUGAUCACCAUGGCUGACCAGGGAGGAGACCAAGAUACCCACACUUCAUGCAGGGAUUAUAUACCCUCUGUGGUCUGAGGAUGAGAUCCCUGAUGAGGAGCUGGAGAGCAUCGCUGGUACAGUAUGUUUCUUACCACGGCACCACCCCUCCGGCGAGGGAGCACACCCCUGCCCAUCAAACACCAGCUGCGGAGGGAAGAGGCCGUAUCUGACGACUGCGAUUGGAUCCCAGGCUUGGAGGAGCCUACCGUGUUGCCUAUUAGCGACACUGCGGUGCCUCGGGAUGAAUCUUUCAGCCAGUCGGCAGCUGGACAGCCAGCUUAUCACAGCCACGGCGGGGCACUGAGGAUAGUUCUACUGGGGCAGAACGGCGUGGGAAAGUCAUCGCUCGCCUUAUCCCUGGCUGGACAGUCGGACAGAUCCCUCUCUGUAGACUCUGAGACACAAGCCUGCGGUGAGGGCUACGAGAGCACAGUGACUGUAGACGACGAGGACAGCAAAGUCAUUAUCUACGACAACUGGAAACAGGACCUGUCCACUCUGCAGUGUGACGUGUGUAUCUUGGUGUUCUCAGUGACCGACAGGAGAAGUUUCCACCGCACCGCCCAGCUCCGCCUCCUCCUCAGGGAGUCCCAGCCACAGAUGCCAAUCAUCCUGGUGGGCAACAAGAGUGACCUCGUCCGUUCCCGUGAAAUCAGUUCAGAUGAGGCCCAGUCCAGCGCCAUGAUGUUCGACUGUCUCUACCUAGAAGUCUCUGCCUCUUUGGACCACGGCACCAACGAGCUGCUGGAAGCGGCUGUGCGGACUGCCAGAGGGGACUGCAUGGGCCCGGGCUGGACAGACGGUGAUCCAGGGUCAGGGCGCAGGGAGAGCCUAACAAGCCGUGCCAAGCGCUUCUUGGCUGGCUUGGUGCCACGCUCAUACGGCAGAGACCGGGACCGGGAUCGAGGCCGCUACAGGGAAAUGAGCCGCCACCGGGGGAGCAAGAUCUUCCGUCAGAAAUCUCGCUCCUGCCAUGACCUCAGCGCACUGUGACACACACAAAUGCAAACACACAGGGAGAGAAACACACUCCACAUGAACACAAACACACAACAGACAGACACAGGAGAAAAAGAGCAAAAGAUAAAGGAGGCUAAUCGAUAGAAGAUGAUGGACAAGAUGCUCAAGAGAGAUUUUUAAAAGAUGGGAAGCUGGCUGUGGCAGAUAAAGGCCAAGGGUGGGGGAAAAUGAAGAAAAAGUGAUGGAGAAAAAGAAAAAGGAUAGAUCUGACAGCCUGGAUUGCUGUGAACGCAUCAGAGAGACAGACGGAGGGACAGAUAAGGAGGCGGGGUUGAUUUGCAGCUCCGGUGAAUCAUCCAGCACUCGUUACCUGAGGAGGUCAGGGGAAAGAAAAUCAGCUGGAGCUGAUUUCACGCUUAAUGAGGGGGAGGACGGUGUCACAAAUGAAACACACACACAAAUAGCACGCACUAAAAAUGUAGAGACUGAUAGCAACUUAAAGUAAACCUGUUAUAGACUCUGUUUUAUAGCAUGCAGGUAGAAUAAUGUAGACAUGACCCUGUAGGUUUUGCAGUCCUUGAAUUAAAGUACCUCAGUGGCUGAUAGCUAAUGCACAAUCUUGCUAGUGUUUCGAGGAAUGCCAUCCCAAAGGCAGGACUAUUUACUUCAAAAGACUGGUCCACGCUCCAUCCAUCUUUUGUGUUUGACUUUUUGAAGGAGUGCUUGAUAAAGGAAGCACCAAUAGUAUUUCAUGUGUUCAUCUGAGACUUUUCUACAAGGUUAAAACAUCAGCACUCAAGCCAUAUAUCUGCUGAAUGUGCCAUGAGCAUCAGCACAGCAAACCCUUUACUGCAGCGGGGAACAACGGAUAAAAAUACGGACAGUAGGGCAGGACUCUCUUCUUCACACAAAGCUGAGUCAGAGGCCACAGGGAUGCUGCCGGAGCACAGGACGACAAACAAAACAAAACAAAACAACACUAAUCUACCUGUGGCUGAUGUCACCUUCUCUAUUUUUCAUUUUAACUGCUGGAAUUGUUUCAUGUAACCACACUGACUUCUGUGGAGGUUGGCCAAACAGGUGAUUCAAGGAGAGAACGUUCUGGAAAUGCUGAUCAGGUAUUUUACCAAGCCUGCUGUCAUCACUCAUGCAUCCUCUGUUGUUUGAUACCGUCCACUGAACACUCUCAUGUUUCCCACUGAGAAUAAAGAGUUUGGUUUGA